UUAUUAUUAAAAUGCCAUUUGUAGAAGCUGAUGUUAAAAGAAAUCCCGCCCAAGAAAAAAGUUGUGCUACUGCAUUACUUAAUUUACAGUGUUGUCCUGUGGCUGAAUCAAUAGAUCUUUUAGAUUUGGCAGAAUGUUGUAUUAAAGCUGAUCGUCCUUAUAUGGCAGCAGCUUUACUACCACUGGCUAAUGACGAGGAUAAGGAGAGCUUAUUAAAGUUAAUUCGUUCCAAAUCAUCACGUGAAGAUCUAAAUUACAAAUGUUACAUUCUUGGAAGAAUUGGGGAUUUUAUUUGUUCCCCAAAUAUUACACAUCUUAAAGACGUAUUAAUUUUUCAGUUUAUAUAG